AUGGCUCGCUUGACUUACAUUUCGUUACUUGGCCUUGCCAGUUCUAUCCUUGCCGCUCCUCAGCCUGCAUUGACUGGCACUGAAGGCACGAUUGCAUCUACUGUUCGAAUUGCCGGCCCCACAGCUGCUCCUAAUAUUCAUGGUCUAGACAUUGCUAGUCCUCCUCAGUUCCUGACGAUCACUGUUGUUAACAGCCAUGGCGAUGCUAUUUCGACAUCGCAUGCUCACGACCCUAACGGCCCUUCUGCUGUGUCAGGUAAUGUAGGUCCCGGCACUAUGGCCGCAGGCGCCACUGCGGCCUUUGCUGUACCAACCGGAUGGAUUGGUAACGUCGCUAUUAACGACGCCGGCUGGGCUAUUACUGGCGAUGAUUCUCUAAUUGAGGCCAACUUUGUUGUGCCUCAGGGGUCUUCAAUUGCAGUAGCCGAUGUUGAUAUCUCUUAUGUAAACGGUUUCUCUGUUGCCAUUGUGUGCUCUUGUGACGGACAGAUUGUAACUGGUUGCAACAAGAACUUGUUCAACCUCAACUCUUGCGGCAACAAUGACGGGCAAAACGCUUGUGUUAACCCGCUCAGAAGCGACCAAGGAGCCACGUCAGCUGCGCCUUUCUUUGCUCCCUGCCAGCACGCUGCUUGGACUUAUGUCAACGAUGGCGCUGCAAACUCUUUCGGGCAGUGCCAGUCGGGCCAAAUUACCUGCUGUGUUGGCGCUGCUUGCCCUCCUAACCCCAGACAACCUUAA